GUGCGCCUCUAUCUCUCUCUAAAAAAAAGGGAAAGGACUUUGUUUCUCUCUCUUCCCUCUUUCAUCUGCCGCACAUCGUCGUCGAUUAAUCCAAAUCGCCUCCUCGUCGCCACCGCCGCCGCCGCCGUAACCGCCGAAUCUCGCCGCCGCUUCUUCAUUACUUCGAAUCUCGCUUUCUCGCUUUACCUCCAACAACAACACCAUCCGAUUUUUCUGUUUCCGCUUUCGGUAUCCCCCGCCGCCGCCGGCGAUUCGGAUUCCGACGAGUCCUUGUCGGAGGAGGAGGAGGUGCGCACGAUUAUUAUCCCGCGCACCGUCGUUCGUCGCGGUUCCUUUUCCAUUUCUAUAACCAAAAUUGGCGCUCGCUCCUCCGUUCUUUUGCAACUGGAAAGGUGAGAGGCCGCUUGCUCCUCCGUCAUCGCCGCUCCGAUUCGCUCAUCUCGUUGUUGUUAGGUUUUGGAGAUUAGGUUUCCAAUUGCGGAUUUCCGUCGGUCUCUAUGUUUGGUUUUGCAGAGGAGACAGAAGAUAAUGGAAGCGGCUAGUGAUAUAAGUGGCUGUUACUUUUUUUAUUGUGAUGAAUUACUCUUAUAGAGAGGGGAUUGAAAAGAUAAUAGUAGGUUAGUGAUAGCUUACACGAUGGCUUUAUUUAGGAACUUUUCAAAUGAAACAGUCUCACAUGAUGUCAUAGAAGAUAAAAGCCAAGGACAGAAUGCUGAUAGAGUCCAUAGAUCACUAGGUAAUGAAUGUCUCGAUGCAACUUCGAGUGAGAAAGAAUUUGAUAUGAACAUGGAGGCACAGUAUGAGAGUGACGGUGAACCAGAUGGUGCCUGUAGGCUACAAAAUGAGGCUGCAGCCAAUGAUGGAGAUGCUAUUAAAAAACCAAACUUACAGACUACUGGUGGUAGUAAAUCCGCUACGGUCCGGAGUUGGGGUUCAACAUUUUGGAAGGACUGCCGACCAAUGCAUCCUCAAAAUGGUUCUGAAUCUGGGCAGGAAUCGAAAAGUGGAUCGGACUAUCAAAAUGCAGAUGUGUCUGAAGAUAAUUCAUUGGACGGAAGAGCAGGAAGGUUAGACUCUGAAGAUGAUGACGAACUGAAGGAGGCAGGUAAUGGUACAAGAGGUCAUUCUGAUGUUCCUGCGGAAGAAAUGCUAUCUGAUGAAUAUUAUGAGCAGGAUGGGGAUGAGCAAAGUGACUCAUUGCAUUAUGGUGAGAUUCAUAAGCCCACUGGGAUGAAUUCAUGGCCUCAACGGAUGGCUAAAUCUAAUAGAGCUAUGCAUAGAAAAUCUAGGAUUUCAGAUGAUGAUGAUGGUGACUAUGAAGAGGAAGAUGCAGCAGAUGAAGAUGAUCCUGCUGAUGCUGAUUUUGAGCCUGCCACAAGUGGUCAUGCUGCAAACAAGGAUAAAGACUGGGAAGGUGAAGGCUCAGAUGAAGAUGAUGAUAGUGACGAAAAUCUUGAUGUCUCUGAUGAUGAUGAUUCUUUUUAUGCUAAAAAACCUAAAGGAAGGCUGCGAGGUAAGGUUGGAAAAAGCAUACAAUCUACCAGAGAUCGCAAAGCAUUUGCUCCAUCUAGUAGACAAAGAAGAGUUAAAUCAUCCUUUGAAGACAAUGAGUCAACAUCAGAGGAUCCUGACAGUGAUAGUGAUGACGAUUUCAAAAACACAAAAAAGAGAAGUAUUCAUGUCCGCAAGAAUAAUAGUCGCUCUUCUGUAACCGCAAGUUUUUCUACUCGUAACAGUGAGGUUCGCACUUCUAGUAGGGCAGUUAGGAAGGUAUCAUAUGUUGAAAGCGAUGGAAGUGAAGAAGCCGAUGAAGGGAAGAAGAAAAAGGUUCAAAAGGAUGAAAUUGAAGAGGAUGAUGGUGACUCCAUUGAAAAGGUACUUUGGCAUCAGCCGAAGGGCAUGGCUGAAGAUGCUCAGAGGAAUAAUAGGUCAACAGAUCCUGUUUUGAUGAGUCACUUGUUUGAUUCUGACUUUGAUUGGAAUGAGAUGGAAUUUUUGAUUAAAUGGAAAGGGCAGUCUCAUUUGCAUUGUCAGUGGAAGUCUUUCGCUGAGCUGCAGAAUCUCAGUGGUUUUAAGAAGGUUUUGAAUUAUACAAAGAGAAUAAUGGAGGACAUCAGGCACCGGAAAACAAUCACAAGAGAGGAGAUUGAGGUCAAUGAUGUGAGUAAGGAGAUGGAUUUAGAUAUUAUCAAGCAGAACAGCCAGGUGGAACGAAUAAUUGCAGAUAGGAUCAGCAAAGAUAUCUCUGACAAUGUUAUUCCAGAAUACCUGGUCAAGUGGCAGGGACUAUCUUAUGCUGAAGCAACUUGGGAAAAGGACAUCGAUAUUGCUUUUGCUCAACAUGCAAUUGAUGAGUAUAAGGCUCGUGAGGCUGCAAUGUCAGUUCAAGGAAAGAUGGUAGAUUUCCAGCGUAAGAAGAGCAAGGCAAGCUUACGGAAGCUUGAGCAACAACCUGAAUGGUUAAAGGGUGGAAGGCUCCGUGAUUAUCAGCUUGAGGGACUGAAUUUUCUUGUUAACAGUUGGAGAAAUGAUACAAAUGUCAUUUUAGCUGAUGAAAUGGGUCUUGGGAAAACUGUUCAGUCCGUAUCGAUGCUCGGUUUUCUACAGAAUGCUCAGCAGAUCCAUGGUCCUUUUCUUGUGGUUGUGCCAUUGUCUACUCUAUCAAACUGGGCCAAAGAAUUCAGGAAGUGGCUUCCUGAUAUGAAUAUCAUUGUGUAUGUUGGUACUCGUGCAAGUCGAGAGGUGUGUCAACAAUAUGAAUUUUAUAAUGAUAAAAAGCCUGGAAAACCAAUAAAAUUCAAUGCGCUGUUGACUACAUAUGAAGUAGUUUUAAAGGAUAAGGCUGUUCUCUCCAAGAUCAGAUGGAAUUAUCUGAUGGUAGAUGAGGCUCAUAGACUUAAAAAUAGCGAGGCGCAGUUGUAUACAACGCUUUCGGAAUUUAGCACCAAGAACAAGUUGCUUAUCACGGGUACUCCUCUACAGAACAGUGUUGAAGAGCUAUGGGCUUUGCUUCACUUCCUUGAUCCUGACAAGUUCAAGAGCAAGGAUGAUUUUGUUCAAAACUAUAAGAAUCUUAGUUCUUUCAAUGAGAAAGAGCUUGCAAAUCUUCAUAUGGAAUUGAGGCCUCAUAUACUUAGAAGAGUUAUCAAAGAUGUGGAGAAAUCAUUACCCCCCAAAAUUGAGCGUAUCCUUAGGGUUGAAAUGUCUCCUCUUCAGAAACAGUAUUAUAAGUGGAUUUUGGAACGCAACUUUCAUAAUUUGAACAAAGGAGUUCGUGGGAAUCAGGUUUCUCUGCUAAAUAUUGUGGUAGAAUUGAAGAAGUGUUGCAAUCAUCCCUUCCUGUUUGAAAGUGCUGACCAUGGCUAUGGUGGGGCCUCAGGAAGUAAUGAUAAUAGUAAACUAGAGAGAAUUGUCUUUAGCAGUGGCAAGCUGGUCAUACUUGAUAAGCUUCUUGUUAGAUUGCAUGAAACCAAGCACCGUGUUCUAAUUUUUUCUCAGAUGGUUAGGUUGUUGGAUAUACUAGGAGAGUAUAUGUCACUUCGAGGGUUUCAAUUUCAGAGGCUUGAUGGCAGUACUAAGGCUGAGCUCCGACAGCAGGCAAUGGAUCAUUUCAAUGCACCUGGUAGUGAUGAUUUUUGCUUCCUUCUUUCAACACGAGCUGGAGGUCUGGGUAUCAACCUUGCCACUGCAGAUACUGUCAUAAUAUUUGACUCAGAUUGGAAUCCUCAAAAUGACCUGCAGGCCAUGAGUAGAGCUCAUAGAAUUGGGCAACAAGAAGUGGUUAACAUAUAUAGAUUUGUGACAAGCAAAAGUGUUGAGGAAGAUAUUCUGGAACGCGCUAAGAAGAAGAUGGUUCUGGACCACUUGGUGAUUCAAAAAUUAAAUGCAGAGGGUAAACUGGAGAAGAAAGAAGCCAAAAAAGGAGGAAGUUAUUUUGAUAAAAAUGAGCUGUCUGCAAUCUUACGGUUUGGAGCAGAGGAGCUUUUUAAAGAAGAAAGAAACGAUGAAGAAAGCAAGAAACGGCUCUUAAGCAUGGAUAUAGAUGAGAUUCUUGAAAGAGCAGAGAAGGUUGAAGAGAAGGAAGCUGGUGGAGAGCAAGGGGAUGAGUUAUUAGGUGCAUUUAAGGUUGCCAAUUUUUCCAAUGAUGAAGAUGAUGCAAGUUUCUGGAGUCGUUGGAUUAAGCCUGAUGCUGUGUACCAAGCAGAGGAAGCUCUUGUUCCACGUUCUGCAAGAAAUAUUAAAAGUUACGCGGAGGCUGAUCCAUGUGAAAGAAGUAAUAAUAAAAGAAAAAAGAAGGAACCUGAACUACCUGAACGAGUUCAGAAACGGCGGAAAGCAGAGUAUUCAGCUCCUGUAGUACCAAUGAUCGAGGGAGCUUCUGCCCAAGUGAGAAGUUGGUCAUAUGGGAAUUUAUCUAAAAGAGAUGCACUUCGUUUCUCUCGUGCAGUUAUGAAAUAUGGCAAUGAGAACCAAGUCGACUUAAUUGUUGCUGAGGUUGGGGGUGCAGUUGAGGCAGCUCCACCUGAAGCACAGGUUGAACUUUUCAGUGCUCUAAUUGAUGGCUGUACAGAAGCGGUGGAACUUGGAAAUCUGGAUCUAAAGGGGCCUUUGCUGGAUUUUUUUGGCGUCCCAGUGAAGGCAAAUGAUCUACUGACCCGUGUCCAAGAACUUCAACUACUAGCAAAGCGCAUUAGUCGGUAUGAAGAUCCCAUUGCACAAUUCCGUGUUUUGUCAUAUCUCAAACCUUCAAAUUGGUCGAAAGGUUGUGGAUGGAAUCAAAUUGAUGAUGCAAGAUUGCUUCUUGGAAUACAUUACUAUGGAUUUGGUAAUUGGGAAAAGAUUAGAUUAGAUGAAAGGCUUGGCCUUACGAAAAAAAUUGCACCUGUAGAACUUCUACACCAUGAAACUUUCUUGCCACGAGCUCCAAAUUUGAGAGACCGUGCUAACGCCUUGUUGGAGCAAGAACUUGCUGUUCUUGGUGUUAAACAUACCAAUAAUAGAGUUGGACGGAAGCCUUCCAAGAAAGAGAGAGAACAAAUGAACACCUCACUGUUGCGAGGGCAGGAGAAGAAAAAAGCGGGUUCUGUUAAAGUUGAUGUCCAAAUGAGAAAGAAUAGAUUCCAGAAAACCCAAAAGGUUGAACCUAUUGCAAAAGAGGAGGGUGAAAUGUCCGACAAUGAAGAAGUAUAUGAGCAGUUCAAGGAGGUAAAAUGGAUGGAAUGGUGUCAGGAUGUGAUGGUUGAAGAAAUGAAAACUUUGAAACGUCUUCACAGGUUGCAGACAACUAGUGCCAAUCUUCCAAAGGAAAAGGUUCUUUCGAAAAUACGCAACUAUUUACAGCUUCUUGGGCGAAGGAUAGAUCAAAUUGUGUUAGAACAUGAAGAGGAACCGUAUAAGCAAGAUAGAAUGACUGUGCGACUGUGGAAAUAUGUCUCCACUUUCUCCCAUCUUUCUGGGGAAAGGCUUCAUCAAAUAUAUUCCAAACUUAAAAAGGAGCAAGAAGAGGCUGGGGUUGGCCCCUCUCAUGUCAACGGGUCAGCAUCUGUUUCAUUCGGCCGAAAUGGAAACCCGAUCCAUCACCAUAUGGAGAGGCAAAGAGGUUUAAAAAAUAUGACUAGCUACCAACUGCCAGAAUCAGUUAGUAGUAAUACAGGGAAAUCUGAGGCAUGGAAACGAAGAAGAAGAGCGGAAAGUGAGGAUCAUUUCCAGGUUCCACCUCAAAGAUCCACGAGUAGUGGAGUCCAGAUUACUGAUCCUAACUCACUUGGCAUCCUUGGUGCUGGACCAUCUGACAAACGCUUUGUUAGUGAGAAACCUUACAGGACACAACCCGGUGGGGUUCCUUUAAGACAAAGUUUCUCUUCAGGUAUAAACUAGCCAGCUUUAUGGGAUCAGAGUGGCUAUUACAAUUUACAAGAGUGUUGGCAGUUGCUUUCACUCUGCAGCAUCUCACAGCUUCACCUUGUAUAUUCUCCGGAAUUGUUUUUUCCACCCAUGGGAAUAAGAUCCGCAGAUCCCACUUUGGUGUCCUUAGGUUGAUCUGGAAAUAUCCCUACUCUGGGAUUUGCAUCCUUGAAGGCUGAAGCUGAUGAAGAUCUGGUGCAAGAUGAAAUUGAGUCUUGCCAAUUGUUUCUGUUUUUCCAUUUUGAUUUCUACCCUUCCUUGAAGAACGGGCCUAGCAAAGUGUUUACAUAGCAAAAAUCUUGAGAGAAAAAGAUUUUCCCACUUGCUAUAGACAUACUUAGGAAAACUGUACAUUGUCAGUUCUGCAAUUUUAUUGGACUUGCUUCUCACUGCAUAAAGUAUGUUAGUUGAUCUAGAUAGAAAUGUAUUUGAUUUUGUGGUAAUUAUACCUAUAUUGUCCAAGAUUUUGUAACUCUUUGAAGUGGGAUAGUGAAUGAAAAAUGAAUUUUUGGCUU